AUGUUGGCAGCGGAAAUUCUGCUACCCGAACCCAACGCAUCCUUCCUUGAAACAUUCAUCUACACGUCGAACAGAAAUGACCCUCAUUCAGAGGGUGACACGAUUGCAAUAUUCUCUCUCGCCGCCAGAGAGGCACAGCUAGAGCUUGAACCGGCUAUUAGGGUCCCGUACGAUAUGAUCACGAUAGAACCAGAUGCUAACAUUCAUCAUACGCGUGGUCCUGAAUUCUCGGCGAUACGAUUACUCCUUUCCCAUCCGAAUCUCAAAGAGACAUGUCGACAAAAACCGAGGACUGAUGCACUCCCAGCUAGUGUAGUUGGGUUAUAUCUCGCUGCUUCUUGUUUUAUCACCGGCUUGCUUAACCAGUAUAAACUUGAACGUCUUUUCCAUUUGGGGCCUGGUGGUUUGCUUACACUCUCCUCUGAAGGCAAAUUGCCUGGGUUUUUUGUGCAGCAGUGCAUCACAUACGUACAUUGUUGGCUCGCUUGUGCACUCCUCCUCAUCAAUUUCUAUAUCGGACUCUGGUAUGAAUCACCAGAGGUCCUUCUCUGGGAGUUAGCAUCAUUCAUGGGUGUCCUGACUCUACUGCUCGUAGUGUUUCACUUCCCCUCUCUUUUAUAACCUCCUGCUUGUUGUUCAGCUCCUUCUACUGCGUCUUGGCAUCUUGUUAUCUUGUUCCAAGUAGUAUCAGCAAUAAAGUGCUCAUGGGCUCAUCCCACUUCCUGCAUGCGUGCGAUCGAGUCCAGCUCAGCAAGAUCCAUGUCAUCAUUAUGGAGCGACAGCCUGUCCGGCUAUCAACGU